AUGACCCCCCCGGCCUCUGUCUGUCCAUCUUGUCCUCUCACCUUUCUCCACUCACUACCGCUCAUUAUGCAUAUUCGAACUGGAGUGCCCCUCUCUCAGCUCUUACCUGUGAGCUUGCGCCAGUCUGCUCCAAGAUAUAUUCCAGCCAACUUCAUCCGCUGUCUCUCAAAAGCGGCACCUCAACCGAAUGUAGCUCUCGAGCGACGCAAAGAAGCGAUUCGAAGUGCCAAGCCCUUUUCACAUUUCCUCACUGAUAAUUUUGAGAGGCGUCAUGACUACUUGCGGAUCAGUGUCACGGAGCGCUGCAACCUGCGGUGUUUAUAUUGUAUGCCUGAAGAGGGCGUGCAGCUGUCACCAGCAGACCACCUGCUCACAACGCCUGAGAUUGUCUAUCUCUCGACCCUCUUUGUGUCCCAAGGUGUUACCAAAAUCCGACUGACUGGAGGGGAACCGACGGUGCGGCGCGACAUAGUGCCACUGAUGAACAAGCUUGGCUUGCUCCGCAGUAGUGGGCUCCGGGAAAUGUGCCUCACGACAAAUGGAAUAUCCCUGCGCCACAAACUAGAGCCGAUGCUCGAGGCAGGGCUUACAGGCGUGAAUCUGAGCCUCGACACACUGGAUGAGUUUCAGUACCAGAUCAUGACGCGGCGCAAAGGAUUCGGAGCGGUGAUGAAGAGCAUAGACCAAAUCCUGGCGAUGAACAAAGCAGGCGCUGGUGUGAAGCUCAAAGUCAACUGCGUAGUCAUGCGCGGCUUGAACGAGCAAGAGAUUACGUCUUUUGUCGAGUUGACAAAGGAGAAAGAUUUGGAGGUACGAUUCAUAGAGUAUAUGCCGUUUGGUGGAAACAAGUGGAAUCGAGGCAAAAUGGUCACCUACAAGGAAAUGUUGGACCGCAUUCGGACCGUGUACCCAGGAAUACACGAAGUCAGUGGCCAUAGGAACGACACGAGCAGAACCUUUCGGAUACCUGGCUUCGCGGGCAAGGUAGGAUUCAUUACGAGCAUGACGGAUGACUUCUGCGCCACAUGCAACAGGCUGCGAGUCACAAGCGAUGGUAAUCUCAAGGUUUGCCUUCACGGCAACGCAGAGGUGUCUCUGCGUGACAUGAUACGACGAGGAAACGACGGCAAGCCGUUGGACGACGCUGCGUUCAGUCGUCUCAUCGAGGCCGAGAGGCAGAAAUUGCCAAACAGAGAUGGAGAACUAAAAGGCCCGAUUGCCACUGGGUGGCUGCCACAAGAACUUGAGCUACUACAAGUAAUUGGCGCGAGCGUUAAAAACAAGAAGGAGAAGCAUGCAAGCCUGGAAGAGCUGGAGAAGUUGGAUAAUAGGCCGAUGAUCUUGAUUGGUGGAUAA